AUUUGCUGUUCCGGCUUCAGGUUGAGGGGGUUGCCUUUUCGGUACAUACCUUGUUCCGGGAAUGUUUUCCAUGCUGAGCCGCCUGCGUGCACUCUCCGCGCGGAGAGCUGUGAGGCGGAGAGGGUACAGCUCAGCUACUUACAUACCAACUGCCAUUCGAUGGAAACCAUGUCGUACGAACGCAAAAGCCGAGCCAAGCAGUUUAUUAGGAGUGCACAAAGAAUUGUGUCUGGUCAGCCAGAUGCACACUACGUCACAAUAUGUGGAUCCUCUGGAGAUGAAGAAAUUCCAGGCAUGGUCUGCAAAGUGGUGGGAUGAGGAAGGUGUCUAUUCUGCCCUCCAUUCCAUGAAUGACAUUCGCGUACCCUUCGUAAGAGAUAUACUUAUGAGCAAGAGUUUUAACCAUGAUGUUGGAUGUCCUCUGUCAGGUGUGACCAUUUUAGAUGUUGGCUGUGGGGGAGGUUUGCUGUCUGAGCCUCUUGCCAGGCUAGGAGCCGCUGUUACGGGAAUAGAUCCCCUAGAGGAUAACAUUAGAACAGCCCAGAUGCACAAAUCCUCUGACCCGAUCCUGGACAAAGCGAUCCAGUACAAGUCCUGCUGGUUGGAGGAACUAGUGGAAGGAAACAGGGAGUGCUUUGAUGCAGUUGUGGCAUCUGAGGUUUUGGAGCAUGUGGUUGAUAUUGAGUCUUUUAUCCAGAGCUGCUUCCAGAUUUUAAAGCCAGGCGGGUCUCUUAUAAUUACCACCAUCAACAAAACCAAACUAUCAUAUGCAUUAGCAAUUGUGCUAGCUGAAAACAUUAUGGGCAUCGUGCCAAAGGGCACUCACGACUGGGAGAAGUUUAUCCCUCCCGUGGAGCUGGAACGAAUACUAGAAUCAAAUGGCUAUGUUGUAGAGACACUAAGGGGGAUUUUGUACAAUCCCCUUUCUGGGUCGUGGAGCUGGAUUGAUGACACAAGCAUUAACUACGCAAUGCACGCGGUAAAAACGCUUGCCGAUGAAGAGCCUACAGGCGUAGACCUUGAAAACAAAGAUGAGUGGCCAAAGGCAGCAGAAGCCUCUGGGUGAAGUUUUCCUGGUCACGGCAUUCAUCAGCAAAGCCUCGAUGAACUCAACGGGAGGUGUAUGAUGGUUACCAGACAUAGGACCAGUGUGCCAUCUGUCCAAACAAAAAGUAUCCAAUUAGUAUAUAAUCAGCAUGGGCCUAACUAGUGCUCACUGUUUGCCCAAGAAUCUCUGCCACCCUAAGCUGGCUUUAUCUGUACUAUGUAGUAAUGAAUCUACUAAUUUAAUAUACUUAUCUUUAACAUCUGACUACUGCCAAGGGGGAGUAUGGUAUACCUACAAUGUAGUAGAGUUACUUAAUAUAAUGUGUGCUAUCCUAUGUUUGCAUUUCAAACACGAUAAAGCCAAAAUGACUUCCCCAACCACCCUCCCCUCUGCUUAUAAGAAGACAAAAGGAAAGAAUUUGUACAAAGUACACACCUCUGAACAACAAUUGGCAUUUUUACAUUAUUGAUGUAACAAUUUUACAUGGUAUAGUUCUUCUGGCUGCAGUAUAUUACAUAUGCUGAAAAGGUGAUGUUUAGAUUUGUGUUUGAAUUAUAUAUAUUGUGUGUGUCAGGAGACUAUGUAUUUUACAUGCCAAAUACAUGAUGUGUGAAACCUACCUGUACCUUUUUCUUUUUUUUUGCCUGUCAAUCAGUGUAAAUGUUCUGAAAAUGCUUAGUUUGAAUCUGAGAUUGCUAAACAAAAUGCACAAUUAUAGUUGGUCUUAAUGAAUUUAGUUAUGAUGGAGACAGUUCCCGUUAUUGCUCACGGUCACCGAUCGUACGCAUAUCAUGUGGGUUAUGCAUACGGUAUAGAUGCACUGUUAAUAUUCUGUAAGUGUAAUGGCAAAUGUUUAUUAAAGGUUUGUGCAUUUGCCAAA